UGAGGGCUGGAGCUCUGAGCAGCAUAGCACUGAAGCGGAGGGUUCUGUCCCUGCUUGCAAAUCAAUAGCGUCUGCGGACAGGAAUACGAUUCUCACAUCACAGCUUCUCAUUGCAGGAGCAGCUUAGCAUGUAGCGGCCGUCCAGCAGCGCAGAUUACUAAGAGACACCUUCUCUCUAGUUUAAUGGCACCGGCAAGGAUUUGGAGCUGAUCAUCGACGACUUCUUUUUUUUUCCUCUCUUUUUAAAGCUGUUUCCUGAAUCUUUCUAUAUCUCGUGGAGGGGGUUAUAUUUUUUUGGGGUGGCGGCGGUCGAGAAAGCUUUGGGAGACGCGAUGCUGGGCUUGGAGGUGUGCGAGUUUGGGGGGCAGCUGCUGGAGUUACUGUGGCUGACUGUGUGCUACCGAGGCAUCAUGGCAGAUAAAGAAGCAGAGAAGCCCGUCGGGGAGGAAGAUGAGAUCGACCUCAACUACCAGCCUCCUGCCCAGAAGUCUCUGCAGGAGAUUCAGGAGUUGGACAAGGAGGACGAGAGUCUGAACAAGUAUAAGCAGGCUCUGCUGGGGGCUGGACCCGUCAUCGCAGAUCCCUCCGUGCCAAAUGUUCAAGUCACGAGGCUAACGCUGGUGUGCGACAAGGCGCCUGCGCCCAUCACAAUGGACCUGACAGGUGAUCUGGAAGCCCUGAAGAGGCAGAAUUUCGUGCUGAUGGAAGGAGUCGACUACAGAGUGAAAAUCCAUUUUAAGGUCAACAAGGAGAUAGUCUCUGGCCUGAAGUAUGUGCAUCAUACCUACAGGAAAGGUAUUCGAGUGGACAAGGCGGUCUACAUGGUGGGCAGCUACGGGCCACGCGUCGAGGAGCAUGAGUUCAUGACCCCCGUGGAGGAGGCGCCCAAAGGCAUGCUGGUCCGGGGAGGCUACCACAUCAAGUCCUACUUCACUGAUGAUGACAAGACCGACCACCUCUCCUGGGAGUGGAACCUGAACAUAAAGAAGGACUGGACCGAUUAGAGAGACCGGCAUCACAGGCACGGGGAGGGGGGGGGGGUUCUGAAGAAGCUCUGCUAGUGCCCCCCCAGUUAUAGAUAUUUGCUUGUUGAUUUAAAGUGUGAUGACUCGCUUCUGUAGUUAAAAAAAAAAAAAAAAAAAAAAAAAAAAAAAGCUAAAUGUUCUUUAUCCCUUUUAGGAGCAAUUGUGAUGUAAUUGAAGCAGACCUGAGGGGUAGUUUAAGUAUAGAGCUCUUGUUUUCUUUCAUGGUAUUUUCAGGGAUUGUUAUCAUUGUGUUUUAUUAUACCAGUACAGCAUAGACUAAAGUAAUCCCCUGCAUUCAAUUUAUCCUGUGAUUAAUCAUGCAGACUCAGGCUUUGGCAACACAAGUGUCUCAAUAUCUUGGUCUAUGCUGGACUAUUUUCAGGAGCUCAGAUCCUGCCUUCCCCUGGGCUUGGGUGGUUCUCAGCCCCACGGUUUCAGACCCAAUGCUGCUUCCUCACCUGCAGUCAGCAGUAAAGAUCCCGCUGUCCCUCCCAGUCCCCCUCAGUCUUGGUGGGUAACUCGCUUCAAGGGGGAGGGUAGUUCAGCACACCUGAUCUCCUAGUCCUGCUGCUCACCCCAGUCCUAACAGGAGAGAGCGCUGUCAGCUUGCAGUGUCAGUUCCGGGUUCUUAUCAUCGGGGAGCAGCCUCUGCCGAGGAUUGAGAGCUCCCCAAGUCAGGUUUGAACCCGCAGUUUACACUGAAGGCAGAAGGUCAGCAACGAUGCAAAUGGUUACAAUGAGGGCUGCCCUUUUGGUUACUUCCUUGCAUUUUAAUAUGUGCUUCCCAGUGAGAUGUGAACGAAGGUGAAGACACAGGACCUGUAGUCAUGGGGAAUGCACUGUCCUAGUGAAGCUCAACCCAGAAACAAUGUCUCCUUUCUUACAGGGAGUUGUUUUCUUUAUAUAUUAUAUAAUAUAAAAAAAUAAUAAUAUUGUAAUAGUAAAAAAAAAGGUAUUGUAAGAGUGUGUCUAGAUGUAGGUGCAUCCUUUACCCCAGAAUAUCAGUGAUCACUGAGCCAACGCUUCAUGAAUUGCUGCAUGUCUUGCUAAAAAAUUGUUUUUUUGUUUUUUUUUGUUGUUGUUCAUUGCCUUUGGCCAAAUUGUUGUAAAUCAGCGAGUUCAAAUUGUGCUUGUCGAUUUGCUACAUGAAUGAAUUGUGGUGUUUUUAUACAAAUAAAAUCAGUCCAAGUUCUGUUGCUUCAGUGAA